AUGUCUGCUUCUGACGAUUUCUUGUUCUCGGCGACAGGUCUGUCUGCUACCGACAUGACGGCUACCUCUAUGGACCUUUUUGAUAAGGAUCAUCUCUUGUCAAGCUUUCUUCAGGACCAUACAACGACGUCUGCUGCUACCGGAGCUGAACUCAUGACGAUGAAUGGCUUCCCUCCUUCUCCUGCUUCUUCUGUGGAGGACGAGUCCAACAGUACAAGUCCAAUCACUACUUCGGCAAGCCCAGUCUCUAUGGAGAAUGGUAGUAGUAAUAGUAACACCAUCCACCCUUCCGACUUGCAACAUCUUCCAUUGGCUGUACUUCAAUCUUUGGCUGCCCUGUAUCAACAACAACAGCAGCAGCAGCAGCAACAACAAGAACAGCCAACUUUGGAGACCACGUUUGAUCAAUUUGUCAAGUUUGAAGAGGAUGCUGCCCUGACUCAACAACAACAACAGCAGCAGCAAGUGGACAUGUUACUCACACCUUCUUUGACACCUCCUGUCGCUCCUGUCGACAAUCCCAUGGUGAAUGCUGUCACCAGCCCCGCUAUGAUCAGUCAAAAUGCUGCCGCUGCUGCUGCUGCCUUGGCGGCAGUGGCUCAAAUGAGCAAUGCCAAUGUUGCCUCUUUUAUCUCUCCUCCUGCUUUCAAUAACAACCACCCAACCUCGUCUCCUACGGCUCCUGCUACAACCACUACAACGACGACCACGAACAAGCAACCAAAGCAACAGAAACCACCUCGUCAAUUGGAAUGCUUCAACUGUCAUGUUACAAAGACUCCUCUUUGGCGUCGUACACCGGAUCGUGCUCAUUCUUUAUGCAACGCUUGUGGUCUUUAUUAUAAGCAAUACGGAACCCAUCGUCCACUCCAUGUUCGUCAAAAGCAACAACAGCAACAACAACAUGUUCAACAGCAUAUUCAACAAGCACAACAGGAAAUUCAGCAACAGCUUCAACAAGCGCAAUCACUUGCCCAUGUGAAUGCGGUUAUUGAAGAAGCCGGAAAGCCCACAUCACCAAAGAAACGUCCUCAAGAGGUUGAGGAAAAGGGAGAGAACCAUGGUAGCUUUGAGGAUAACAGCGUUCAUGGCAGUCCAAGCAAAAAGUUGAAAGUAUCCACUGCUCUUUCUCCUUCUGCCACCACUACGGAAACGUCUCCUGUCUUGUUCCCUGCUACACCUUCCUCUACCCCUCAACAGCAACCACUGCUACAACAGCCAUCUCAGCCAACCACCCAACCUGCACAACCCAGCAAAGAAUGGGCAGAGAUUGAUGAUACACGCUUCAGAAAUCUCUUGAGUCGUAUGACCACUCAACAAAUGCAUGGUUUCUUGGGUAUGCUUGAAAGACGUUGUGCUAUUUUACGCUCUAUCCUUAUUCCUCCCACUUCUGCCAUCACUACCUCAUCAUCAUCACCGUUAUCAUCACCAUCAUCACCGCAACAACAACAACAAGAUUAA